AUGGCAGAAAAACAACUCAGGUAUGUGAUCACUGGCGGUGGUGUGGCGGCGGGAUAUGCAGCAAGGGAGUUUGCCAAGCAGGGUGUUAAGCCAGGAGAGCUUGCAAUCAUCUCCAAAGAAGCGCCUCCAGGUUUCCAUGUCUGUGUUGGAAGUGAAGGAGAGUUUUCGCCAGAAUUUUUCCUCAGUACAGAAAUUAUCCAAGGAGGAUACAUUGGUCUUGAAGUUAGUGCAGCUUUGCGAAUCAAUAAUUUUGAUGUUAGCAUGGUUUUUCCUGAACUAUGGUGCAUGCCUCAGCUCUUCACUGCUAGUAUUGCAGCAUUCUGUGAAGGUUAUUAUGCUAAUAAAGGUAACGAUGUCCAUUGGAGAACAGUUGUGUUGAGUUUAAGGCUGACUCUAAUGGAGAUAUCAGAGAAACCUGUAACAGCUUUAUUAAAGGGGCAGGUUGAAGAGAACAAAGGUGGGAUAAAGACUGAUGAAUUUUUCAAAACAAGUGUUCCUGAUGUGUAUGUUGUGGGAAAUGUGCCUACUUUGCCUCUGAACUUGUACAAUAAUGAGAUGAGAAUAAUUGAACAUGUCGACCAUGCUCGCAAAUCAGCUGAGCAGGCUGUAAAGGCCAUCAAGGCAAGCGAGGACGGGCGCAAAACGGUAGCGGAAUAUGACUAUGUUCCAUUUUUCUUUUCUCGUUCCUUUGAUCUCUCAUGUAAAUUCUAUGGUAACAGUGGUAGAAAGGCCACGGUAUUUGGGGACAAUAAUCCAGCAUUACCUCAGCGGUUCAGAACAUAUAUAUUGGAUCAAAGAUGGAAAAGAUUGUUGGAGCAUUCUUUGAAAGUGGGACCCCAGAAGAAAACGAGGCCAUUGCGAAAGUUGCUAGGCUUCAACUUAAUGUUCAUAAUUUAG